AUGGCUGACGCUCUUAUCAGCUCCACAAUUCAGGUCACCUUGGAAAGGACACUGUCUCUUGCCUCUGAUAGGGUUGGUUUGCUAGUUGGGUUCAAGAAGGAUGUGGCCAGCAUGACACUAUCUCUCGGUUUUAUCAAAGAUGUCUUGGCUGAUGCUGAGGAAAGGCAAAACCAAAGCAGCGGAGUGCAACGAUGGUUGAAGUGUCUCGACGAGGUGGCUUAUGAUGCUCAGAAUGUGUUGGAUGAGCUCCACUAUGAAUCUCUUCGUCACCAGGUGGAGUCCCGAAACCGACACAAGCUCAAGGUAUGCUGCUUCUUCUCCUUCUCUAACAUUAAUCUUGCUUUUCGCUGGAGAAUGGCUUCUAAGGUCAGGGACAUCAAACUGAAGUUGAAGGAGAUAAAUCAACAAGCCCGUGAGUUUGGACUGGACAGUAAGUCAGUGGUGCCUGCUGCCCUCCCUGCUGCUGGAGAUACAAGAAAUCGGCAGACCGACUCUGUUGUCGUUCCAAUGAUUGGAAGAACCGAUGAUGAAUCACAUAUACUAGAGAUGUUGCUGAGACCAUCUGAGAAGGUUGUUUCUGUUCUUCCCAUAUUUGGUAUGGGAGGUCUAGGCAAAACAACUUUGGCUAAAUCGAUAUACAACAAUCACCAAAUUGAUGGGCACUUUCAGAAAAAGAUUUGGGUUUGCGUAUCGGAAAAAGUUCCAAGAGUGGAGCUUUUCAAACUCAUUUUAGGCCAAUUGAAGGACAAAAAGGAUGAAGUGGGUGAUAGGCAAAACAUCGUGCAAGAAGUUGGGAAGGAACUAGGGAAUAUAAGAUAUCUCCUUGUCCUUGAUGAUGUGUGGGAUGAUAAUCAGGCAUUGUGGGAUGACUUCUUCACCACCUUGAAGGGACUAAAUCCAAUCAAUCCACCCAAAGGAAGCUGGUGUCUAAUCACUACUCGUUUGCAUCUAGUAGCAGAUAAAGGCUAUCCCUUAGGAAGACUACCUGGUGAUCAUUGUUGGUCUAUCAUAAAAGGAAAAGUGGUUGAAGGGGAAGAAGUACCUAAUGAAUUGGAUGCAAUUAAAGACAGAGCUAUACAAAUAUGUCAUGGACUACCACUGGUCGCAAGUGUGCUUGGUGGUUUGUUGCGCUUGAGGAAAGACAAAUGGCGAUCAAUUUUGGAGGAUAGACUUUUGAAUUUGAAUGAAGCCAUGCAAAUACUUCAGUUGAGUUUUGAUAGUCUACCAUCACCAGCCAUCAAGAAAUGUUUUGCAUAUUGUUCUAUUUUUCCCAAAGAUACUGAGAUGGAAGGGGAUAUGCUGAUCGAACUUUGGAUGGCAGAAGGUUUCCUUCAAGUAGAUCUCAAGAAAAAAACGUUGGUAAACAAAACAAUGGAGGAAAUUGGAGAAUAUUACUUGGAAAUUUUAUUGCAGAGUUCUUUGCUGGAAGAAAUAAGAAAAUAUGGGAGAAGAAGGUGUUAUAAAAUGCAUGAUAUGGUGCACGACGUCUCAAAAUCAAUAAUGUCAAAGUCUACUAAGUUCAUUAAUUCAGAGACUGGUUCAGGAGACAAUAGUAAUCAGGUUCGUUGUCUUGUAAUAGACUCAUUUGGAGAAGGCACAAUAAAUCUUUUUGAGAGUCGAUCAAAUUUGCUUCAUACAUUGUUUCUAAGUCAGGGUAGCUUAUCUAGUGAUAUGCUAAUGGAGUUGAAAAGUUUGUACGUUCUGAAUUUGUCUGGUGUAAAAAAUCAGAAUCUGCCAAUCUCAAUUGGCAAACUGAUACACUUGAGGUACAUUAACUUUAAGGAUUCUAGAAGUGAAACUUUGCCGGAAUCUGUUUGCAAACUUUAUAAUUUGCAGACACUGAGGCUAAACAGUGGCGUUCUUAAAGUUCUUCCGAAGGGGAUGCGUGAUUUCAUUAGCUUGAGACAUCUCCAUUAUUAUAAUGGUGAUGAAGAAUUUCAAAUGCCGCUGCAGAUGGGACAACUGACUUGCCUUCAAACACUUGAGUUAUUUAACGUGAGUCGAGAGAAGGGUCGACAAAUUGGAGAGCUUGGAAGUUUGAAAAACCUCAAAGGCAAAUUGGAGAUAAACAAUCUGGAACUAGUAAAAGGUAAAGAAGGAGCUGAGGAAGCAAAAUUGUAUGAAAAGGCAAAUCUAUUUAGGCUGGAACUUGGGUGGGCUUGUCAUCGAGAAGGCGACAACUACAACGAUGAAGAUGUGUUAGAUGGCCUUCGACCCCACCCAAAUUUGGAGGAGUUGGUAAUUUGGUAUUUUAUGGGUGAUCAAUUUCCUGGAUGGUUAAUGAAAUUGCCAACAACAACAACACUCCCCAAGUUAGCGCGUUUGGAAUUUAGUCGAUGCAACAGAUGCAGAGAACUCCCUCCCCUGCAAAACUUUACGUCUCUUAAAGAGCUGGAGAUUUUUAGUUGCGAUGGGUUGACAAAUCUGCCAGGAUUAUUUGGGUUGCCACACAUGGAGUCUCUGCCACCUCAGAUCCAAUACUUGACCGCUCUCACGUCACUAUCGCUACAUGACUUUGGAGGCAUAAAAGAUCUGCCAGAUUGGUUUGGAAACUUUGCAGCUCUUGAAGUACUGCGUUUAUGGGGUUUAAAAGAGCUCCGACAUCUACCUUCUAAGGAUGCCAUGAGAAGCCUCACCAAACUAAAACGUCUGUGGGUCAUUGGUUCUCCUCUGUUAAAAGAAAGAUGCAUUCCUGAGAGCAGCGGCCCCGACUCCCAGUGGAUUGAUAGAAGAAUAGCUUCACGGACAGAGGUUAGAAUUUUGAAGCUUCUUCUGCGCCGUCUAUAUGGCUAG